CAAGUACCGGUUCAGACUGGGAUAACCCGGGGGCAGCACUAGCAGGAAACUCCCUUUCCUCGAUCUAAGGACCAGAUUUCUCUUCAUUGGCCAUCUGAUCACCUGGUUUCUCAGUGGUUUCCUCCACGAGGAAACGUGGAGGAUAGAGAGAAGUAACCCAAUAUAAAAGACCAAUUCCAUUGUUCUCUCCUCACCACCGCAAAACAUAAUCUCUUCCCUUUGUUUUGUCCGAGUCGAUUCGAGGACGGCCAAGGCUUUGUGAUUCAUCACUGGAUCUUGUGUCCCACGAGAUCCUGUCACUGCUUGGUUCUUCACGCCGUCACAUAAUCACCAGUCAGGUCAAGACGUUGGCGUCUAACGUUGGACAGAGUCCGUGUCAGAAGUUGCUUCCCGUCAUCCCGCGCCAACAUGCAACCGCAAAUGGUCCCUCCCGGUCUGGAAACCGGAACCUUUUACAUACCCAUAGCAAACCUGCCUUUCGACACAAACUGGAGACAAUUCAAGGAUUGGCUCCGCGAAGGUUGUGUUGUUGAUCAUGUUCAAAUCUUUGGGCCCAGUACCUCUGGCUGGAUUAGGGUGAUGGGCCAACACAAUUUCCACGGUGCAUGUAAUCGCCUGAAAGAGGGCGUGUUUCACGGCAGGCGGAUCAUGUUUGACGAUCGCAAUAUAUCAAGUCCCAUUAUGAUCAAAGACGUCGAGGUGAACGAGAACUCAGCAUCUACGCAAGCGAGAUCGCAAAGACAUGAAUCAGCGUUAGGCUAUCAGCAAGCUGGCCCCUACCCGUAUGAUUCCUAUCCAGGAGCAUCAUAUCCUCAGUGGGAUCCGAAUACUUUUAAUCCUAGUCAAGGAUAUUACAACAGUCAGCAGCCGGUCGCGUGGUACGACGGUCACAGUGGAAUGUACCCUGCUUCCCCUGACCAAACCGUUAUUACUGAACAGAGAAGAAUUGUUGUCAGUCGCAUCGGUCGCAACACUUCGGAUGACCAGAUCAGGGCUUUUAUCCAGCAAAGUACAUCGAGCAAAUCAGAGCUUCAAAGAAUUGAUAUCCCUCGCGGCUCCAACAACCAAAGAAAAGGCGGCCAUGCCUUUGCGACGUUCCGGACGCCAGAUACCGCACUAAGCGCUGUCAAGGCACUCGACGGAAAGUCUUUGAGCGGCCACGAGAUCGAGGCACGUCUGACUAACGAAGGAAUCGCCCAAGGACAGUCACAAAAUCCGGGUUUUCGUCCAACAAAGAAGAGCGGCGACCCGUCGAAAAAGAAGAGGUCGAACGAGAAGUCCAAGUCAUUGGCGACGUCCAGCUCGAGUAGUAGUGGGCCAUCUGGCGAAUCGUCAUCUUCUCAUCAAUCGGAACCAGAAAAACCAAAAGAGCCGGUGGUUGCCUGUGGUACCACACACCAUUCUAAGUCAGGGUCCAAGGAAUGGAAAGGAUGAUAGAAAGGCAUUCAGCCAGUGCUGCCACCCAGUGAACACGCACCAGACGACGUGUCCCCGGGCGCUUGAUGCAUGAUGUCUCUGUUGAGAUGGAUAUUUCCUGAUUUACUCUUGCACUUGCAAGACCCCUCCUGUGCUAGCUAGGACUCCCGAACUUUCUUUCGGGUCACGAUGUUUGACGAAGCAGGCAUUGUGGAUGUUGUCACCAUCCGCUCAUUGCCCGAUGGAGCGUAGAAUUCAUCACCAAU